AUGAGCAACAUCCUCCGCACCGACCUCGCGCAGUUCCUCUGCGUGGCGACAGUCUCCGACACAUUGCAUUUGCAGGCACAGCUGUGCGGAGCUCAGGACGCCAUCGAGCAGCUUCAGGCAGCUGCCGUCCUCGCACUUGGUGACAUGGGCCCCGAGCAACCUUGGCCAAAUGCAGAAGGUGGCACUCGCGUGGCGCAGCACGACAGGCGGGAGGCAAGCACUCGAGCAGCUUUCUCUCAUCGCGCCCCUCCGGAUCCCGCCGGGCUGCCAGACCGCCAUCCAGGUCGACGAUUUGUGGGACCGCCCCCUGCUACAUCCCAACUGGCGAGAUGUGGUCAAGGAAAUUCGAUACCUCACGCCACUCGUGUCGGUUGUCACUACCGGCAGAACAGCCCCAGUGCACCAGCAGCGGCACAUCGCUAUCAUUAUUUCGGGGCCCCAGCGCAGCCUCUGCUGGAACAGUGGCGUCCAACCCUAAAUGAGCACCAGUCGCAGAUGACACUGCACAUCGACGUCCCAGAGGGCCACCGUUGGAAGGUGUUCUAUAUUUUGCGCGACAGUCGUUUUCCUGACCUGGCUUCGGUCGACCACCCGAUCCCCAGCCCACAGGAUCCUCGAAGGAGGGCCCGCGCUCGCAGCUCCAGAUUCACAUCGACGGUGUCGGCAUCCAGCGCCUGGGACUAG